GGGAUCAACAUGGCUACCACACCCCGGACUGUGCUGAUCUCGGGCUGCUCAUCAGGAAUUGGCUUGGAGCUUGCAGUGCAGCUGGCUCGUGAUCCCAGGCAGCGCUACCAGGUGGUGGCCACCAUGAGGGACCUGAGAAAGAAGGAGACACUAGAAGCAGCUGCCGGUGAGGCUCUGGGACAGACCCUCACUGUGGCCCAGCUGGACGUGUGCAGCGAUGAGUCGGUGGCCCAGUGUCUUGGCAGCAUCCAGGGAGAAGUGGACGUGCUGGUGAAUAAUGCCGGAAUGGGCACGGUGGGGCCCGUCGAGGGGCUCAGCAUAGCUGCCAUGCAGAACAUCUUUGACACCAACUUUUUCGGGGCUGUUCGUCUGGUCAAAGCUGUGCUUCCAGGCAUGAAGAGGAAGCGGCAGGGCCACAUCGUGGUGGUCAGCAGUGUCAUGGGGCUACAGGGUGUCAUGUUCAACGAUGUCUAUGCAGCCUCCAAGUUCGCCCUGGAGGGAUUCUUCGAAAGUCUGGCCAUCCAGCUACUGCAGUUCAACAUCUUCAUCUCCCUGGUGGAGCCAGGCCCAGUGGUCACCGAGUUUGAGGGGAAGCUCCUGGCGCAGGUUUCCACAGCAGAGUUCCCAGGCACUGACCCUGACACGCUGCGCUACUUCCGGGACUUCUACCUGCCAGCCUCCAAGGAGCUCUUUCGCUCCGUGGGACAGAGCCCGCAGGAUGUGGCCCAGGUCAUUGUCAAGAUCAUCAGCAAGGCCCGGCCACCCCUGCGCCGACAGACCAACGCCCGCUACUCCCCGCUGACGCUGCUCAAAGCCGUGGACCCCUCCGGCGUCCUGUACGUGCGAACCACGCACAGCCUCCUCUUCCGCUGGCCUCGCCUCCUCAACCUUGGCCUUCAGUGCCUGGCCUGCGGCUGCUUCCCAACUCGGGUGGGGCCUCGGUGA